ACCUUUGUACGCAUCUAUCGUCACGCUCGGUGCACGCUUUUAUUAUCACUUAUGAUAAGUAAUUAGACAAUUUCGGUGACUUCGGUAUCCUCUACAUUUUAGAGAUCGUCCUGCCAGUCCAACGCUCAUGUCGCAUUUUAUUUUAGCGUUAUUUAUAUUUUCAUAGAUAGAGAAAGUGACGGAGGAUAACGGCCGUCGUUAAACUUCGUCAUCACGAAAUUACGCCGUCUUGUUGCAGUGUUGGAUUUCGUCGGAGCAGCUCAGCUUAGAUUUUGUCUUGACUCAUAAAACUGAACGUGAGAAUACCCGUACCGGUACAAGUUACAGGGUCAGGAAUCAUAUCUCACAGACCGAUACGGAUACCGUGAUACUGAUAGAGAAAGACAAGUGGUCCGAAAAGUACAGGUUCAACGAAAAAGCCACAAAAUCUUGAUGAUGCCCUCAGAGCUUCCUAAGGAUCAGGGACAGAUUUCUGAAGACGAGGGUGUAGCCAUGGAAGCUCACAAGCAGACCUUGAUCAACGGACACGACCAGUGCGAUAGCCCCACCUUGGAAGAGGAUGCUGACAUCAACAUCGAUGAGAUCGGAGAGGAGUACCAACACGACCCCCAUUGCGACCCCGACAACCCCAUCCAGGUCAAAUUCCAGGAUGUCAGCGCGGCGGCUUACAAGAUCAAAAGCGGUGUGUUGCGAUCGCCAUGUUCGAAAUCUAACCUGUCAGGAUUGGUAGGAAUGGAUUUAUACUUGAAGAAAGAUUACUUACAGACUACAGGAAGUUUCAAAGAGAGAGGAGCUCGUAACACACUUCUAAUGCUACCAGAGGAGUACAAGCAGAGAGGGGUGAUAGCAGCAUCGGCAGGUAACCACGCCCUAGCGAUGGCCUACCACGGGAGACAGCUGGGUAUCCCUAUCUUUGUGGUGAUGCCUAAGAUUGCUCCUAUCAUGAAAGUGAAUCGAUGCAAGCAGCACGGAGCUACCAUCCUCAUCAAGGGAGAGGACAUCGGAGAGUCUAAGAAGCUGGCUAUGUACUUGGCAAAGAAGCGGGGGUACUUCUACGUCAAUGGAUACGACCAUCCCCACAUCAUCUCUGGCCAAGGCACUAUGGGACUAGAGAUCCUUGAACAGGUACCCGAUGUGGAUGCAGUUGUCUGUCCUGUUGGAGGUGCAGGGCUUAUUGCCGGCCUAGCGCUCGCUAUCAAGAGUCUUAACCCUUCUGUUCAAAUCAUUGGCGUAGAGACGGACCAGACACAGAGCUUUACAGCUGCCCUCGAGGCAGGCAGACCAACCUAUUUCAAAGUAGGACCAACACUGGCUGACGGCUUGGCAGUACCGGUUGUUGGAGUCAACUCAUUUGCCACAUGCCACAAACUCAUUGACAGAAUGGUCACAGUCACGGAGGACAGCAUUGCCUUAGCCAUCCUUAGAUUGAUUGAGAUAGAGAAGGCUGUAGUAGAAGGAGCGGGGGCUACAGGUUUAGCAGCCAUCCUCAGCGGGCAUCUCCCUGAGCUAGCAGGCAAAAGAGUUGUGGUGCCGAUGUGCGGGGGUAACAUUGAUACCACCGUUCUAGGGCGUGUCUUGGAGAGGGGUCUGGCUGUGGACAAUCGUAUGAUCCGGUUCAUCGUGACGGUCAGUGACCGGCCGGGAGGCAUCGCAGAGCUCACCCAGAAACUUCUUAGGUUGGGAGUCAGUAUCAAGGACAUUUUCCACGAGAGAGCUUUCCUGAAAAGUGCAAUAUUUCAAGUUCAGGUCAAGUGUAUUGUUGAGACGACGGGCGAGGUCCACGCUGAACGACUUCACAAGAUGUUACAGGAGAACUACUCCACCCUCAUCUGGGGCCCAGAGGACAUGUAACCCCCCCCCCCUCCCCCCCCCCCCCCCCC